AUGAAGCUCCUCGCAGCCCCCGUCCUCCUGCUCGCCAGCAUGGCACGCGCCGCGGCGCUCCCCCCGGUGCAGCGGUGCCCUCCUCUGGCCACUGGCGCCGAUGCAGUCCCUCCUUCUGAAGACUGUUUCUCGCUUAUCUUGGCCCCUGGCCCUGUCUUUCCUGACGACGACGGCCCCGUCUUCUCGAAAAACCCAGCUGAGGACGCCUCCAGCAUCGCAGCUAGGGCCCCUUCUCCCGCAGGCGAUACGGACGACAUGCAAAUACUUCGGAAGCUCCACGGAAAGGGUCCCAAGCCCGGCCCAUACGACCCCAAGUUGACGCCCGCGCUGCCCUGGAACCGGCCACUGCGCGAGGGCGGCAUGGAGGAGCGGGCCGUCGAGCUCAGCUAG